AUGCUUCGAAUUUUCAAAGACGGAAGCAAGGCGAUGCGGUUCCUGGGUAUCCGGAUGUGCAUGCGUCGUAUGUACACAGUUCAUCCAAAGAAUGAUGAAUGUUUCUAUUUGCGGUUGAUGCUGGUAAAUGUGCGUGGGCCAACGUCAUUUGAGACACUACGGACUGUUAAUGGUGUAAUAUUCCCAACAUAUCGUGCUGCAUGUGAAGAACGGAACUUAUUAGAAAACGAUACCCAUUGGGAUACGACAAUCGCUGAAGCCAUUAUCUCUGCAUCUCCAAGUCAGAUACGCACAUUAUUCGCUAUCAUAAUUUGGACAUGCUUUCCAUCAAACCCAUGUAACCUGUGGCACAAAUAUAAGGAUAAUAUGUCAGAAGAUAUUUUACAUCAAAUUCGUAUCACUUCCAGAAAUCACGAUGUUGAGAUGAAUGAGGAGAUACAUAAUCGUGCUUUACUCUUGAUCGAAGAUAUGUGUUACCUCAUGUGUGGUAGUUUAUUAAUCAGGUUAAGAAUGCCUUCGCCCAAUCGUGAAAUGAAUGACGCAUUUAAUCGAGAAUUGGAACGGGAACGUGAAUAUGAUCACCAGGAAUUAGAUUUAGUACCUAGUUCAAACGAAUGUACCCCUGUUGAAUUCCCAACAAAAGGAAGUUUAUGA